AACACUUGUCGCGUUGUUCAUGCUAGUCGGCUAAGGUCACCGUUUUUUCUGAUUUUCUUCACAAGUUUGAGAAUUACCGAGAUUCCCUAGUGUACCACUACCAGUCUGAGCAUACUGAAGAGCCACAUCCUGUUCCAGAUUAAAACUGCAGUAUGUCUUCAUCUUGGACAUCAAGCAAUGCCAGCCCCGAAUACCUGUUCUCUUUGGCUAACCACCAGAUUUCUGUUCUAGAGGAGUCUCUGGAACAUAUUGCACACACCAAGAUACAACUGAGAGAUCAUGCACAAGAGGUCAAGAGUCAAAUCCAUGGGGCCAUCAGUCGUCAACUGGAAACUCUCCGCAACCGUGAAGUUUGGCUCCUUGGACAGGUGGAGGUGAUCAAGCAAGCCAAGGAUGAUUUGCUCUUCCAACAGCAGGAAGAGAUCAGCCGCGCUUUGGGUGCUCUAAAGAAUGCCCUGGAUUGCAUGGAGAGUACCAUGAACUCUGAGGACACGAAUGUGGAGCAAGUUCUAGUGGAAACACUUGAAAAGUUGAAGACUCUGAGUCUCCACCCAUGUGAAAUGCCUCACAUAACAUUCAAAGUCAACAACCCGGCCAUGAAAAGUGCCAUAUUCAAGUUUGGGAAGGUCGACAGCAAAGGUUUGCCGACUGAAGUUGCUUUUGCCGAUCCACACAGGCCGUCGACCUGUCUGCCUAGUUGCUUUGAGGAGUAUGGUGAUGCGGAGCAUCAUGUGCUGUAUAAGACCCUAGAGUCGGUCAAUAGGGAAAGGAACAAUGAUCACAGGAUUCAGGUCAGAAUUCCCAAACUUCUGGAAGGAGACUGGCUUUACAAGCCCUCAGCCUCCUACCCAAGCCCAACACAGCCUGUAUCAUCAGACGGUUUGAGGUCUAGCAGUUCAAACCCUCUGGCUUCCUGGCUCCUGAAGUCUGACUCCUCAAAUCUACCCAAGGUAAACGAUGCCAGCAUUCAGAAUUGGCUGCAUCACAUCCAGGAGGGGGAGAUGGAGGAUGAUUUUGAAUUUGUUGGAGCUAACAAGACACGCACCAGUUCAGAAUCGGAAUCCAUUGUGGUAGUUCCCAUGUCUGUGGAGAGCUGCAAUGCCAAGCCAACAUUCAGCUAUUUCCAAAUGGUCAAGUCUGCUCCAUUGACUGCUUGGCUUCUUCAACCUCAAGCCAAUGUCCAUGUUAAUGAGAGCUCCGAUGGGGCAGUCAAGUCGCUUGCAAGCCAGCUGAACUAUUUCCGGGAGGUGAGCUGCAAGAUGGAGGACUGGCUGCCAAAGAAGGUUGCAGAGAGCGACAUUGACAUGACAGAGGGAGAUGAAAAUAAAAUGGCAAACAGCAAUGCUGACUUCUGCUACACGCAGUGUGCUUGCCGGCCCGAUACUGUUGAGAUUGAAGACCUUGAAGGGAUAAGCUGUAUCCCAAGCCCAGGCUCAAAGGGAUCGUCAAGUCCUGACCUGAAAGUCUGGCUGAAGCGUGAUCGCAAACCAGAAGAUGAUAUGGAGUCGCCAAGUCUUGCUAAAGUGUGCCGUGCCAAUGAGCUGUGUUCUUCUGUCGGGGAGUGCUGCUGUGAGCCGAACUGUAUCGACAGGAGCCAGCCUGCUAACCCUUGGCUUGUUACUGACAAGAACAGCCCGUAUGGCAGUAAGCGAGAUUUGUAUAGCCCCGAGAUUGAAUUUGCCCGAGGUGUUCUUGAUACAUGGCGAAAAAUCCAAAAUACUCCAAUGUCAGAUUGGUUACCAAUGCAGUGUAAAGAGAGUGUAUCUAAAGAAGAUAAGGAGAAAUCUGAGAUUGAUCCUGUUGUUAAGUCAAUGAUGGGCAUGUCACUUUGUGCCCCAGGUUAUUGGUUGCAUGAAGAUAGCAAGGGGCUGGACUCGUGUAAAUUGUCAGCUAGUUUUGGUAGUUGCAGUACAGAGAGUACUGAUCUUAGUCAUUGGCUUGUCAAGAAGGUGUCUUGCAGUUCCCCUGUCGAUGGGAAUAAAUUUGAUUUUUCUAAUUGGCUUAAGAAGCCAAUGGCCUCUGAAGAUAAAUGUAACAGUGGAAUAGAGAAAUUACUCUCUAGUUUUGAAAACAAGGUUUGGUUGAAGAAGACUGGUGGCAACAAUUUUAGUGAGGCAAAGUCUGUAGAAAGUGCUGUGAUAAAAUCUGAUUUGUCUGAGUGGGUUAUAAGCAAUGACAUGGACAUUUAGAGGUGUCCUCAUAUAUACAUGUAGCUUUGUUUAGGAGAUGCCAUAAGAUGCUAACGUGUCAUUUGUAUCCAGGAGUAGCAAAAUGUAACCUGAUCAUCUGUAUAAAUAUCCUCUUGUUAAAUUCUCCAAAUUUGUUCUGGUUAGGAGGUAGCAACACAUUUACAAGUAUAGCCAAAAUUCAUCAAUCAAACGAAUUUGGUCGUGAUCACUUUGUUGCAAAUCUUUAGCUCACACAUCAUUAAACUUGUUAUUUUACGUUCUUGUUGACUGGAUUUUGUCCAAUUUUUGCAUUUACUAAAAUUCAUAACAGUUUAUCCAGCUGAAUUUUGUUUUGUGUGGGUUAAUAGUAGCAGGGAUUUGCAUCAAAGUUAUUGAUAUGAAUAUUUAGUUGUGGUUAUGGGUGUUUGUUUUAAAAUCAUCAAGGAUGCAAAAUCCUGAGAAUACAUGCAUUUUUCAUUCAUCAUUUGUUAUGAGAUUUGUAAUGUAUUCUUCAUAGGAUGGAUGUAUAAUCCACCUUAGAUUAGCUGAGGCAUGUCAUAACAAGCCCUAAGUCGAAGACUGUUCGUGGCGGAGAAUCGUAAUAGUGGAGAUGUAUCAAACUUUAACUAGUGUUUCGCUAAAAAAGGAGACACAAAAAUAGAUCAACAUGUAUUUGGUGAGAAAUUUUGUUAGAAAUAAUAAGUGUGGUAAAAUUGGUAAAAGCAAGCCCUUUUUUGGGAGGUAAGGAAGGUUCUAAUUUUGGUGUACAUUCUGAAAGUGUAUAAUAUGUCAUUAUAAAAUUAUAAAUAUGAAUGAAUGUAUGUUUGUAUGUUUGUAUGUAGGAUAAAUGGAAUGAAGGAUUAAAAGUUAUGAUAUUUAUUCAUUGA